AAAUGUUGCAUGUAUGACAAGAAAUGGAGGGCGCCUAAACUUUCUCUGUGCACUUGAACUCUCUAUCCACAGGUUUCAAGCAUCCUCGAUUAGCGCAUCGAACGUUCUUUGGACGAUGCCCCUCGAGAAGCGUAAGAGUUCCUUCCACUCGACGACAACGAAGAGCAACCCAGGAAGCAAAACUUCUCUUCUCCCACAUCUUCAAGUCAAUGGACUAUCUCUGAGAUGGUUGAUUUGGUAGGUCGGUAGAAAAUCUUUGUGUUCGCGAAACGCUUCUGCCCGAAAUGACACUUGAGCUCUUGGUGUCCCUCCGGCUGCUCUUUCCUCCCGUUCAUCGAAACGGUCACCCUCUUAAGGUCCAUCUCCCAUCCCAACAUCUCCGCUCAACAUCAGCAUUGGGGCAUUGGCAUAAGUCAUCAGUAUUCAACUACACUUCCAUUCGUUCCCAUCAGCAUUCGCUUGAACAUCAUCCAGUACAGUACGUCCGUUUGAGCCCAGCAUCUCAGAAGCGAAGGCGGCUGACCCACUUGCGGUUUCAAUCUUGGCACACCAAGAUCCCCAGAUUCUUGAACCUGGUUACGACACUCGGUGACUACUGUCUGGAAACACUGGACUCACGACCAGACAUUACCAGGGUACACAUAGUCGUGUGGUCGUUGAAGCCUCCUCCUUAUCUCGACCCCCACACACAAACAUUUCCAAAUAAUCGCAGCAUUCGUCGACGUCAAGACUCGACCCCGGAGUGACUUCUGGGCGCACGCGACGUCGGCAACUACUGUACUGUAUUUUCUCGGAUAAAGGAGCCGAGCGAUCACGAGCGGCCAUCAUCUCGACCAAGAGCACCG